AUGGACGAAGAGGAAGACGACUUCUACGACCCUGCCGACUCGGUGCCGGCGUCCCACACGAACAAUAAUGCCCAGAAUACAGCUCAAGCUCAACCGCAGGAGAGCGAUGACAUGGAGGAGGAAGAGUACGAGGUCGAGGAGGAUGACGAUGACUUCAACAUUAUCACAGAAGCUCCGGCCGGGGCGCCUCCCGAGAUCUCCCAUCCACGCCCUGCGACCUUGCGACAAGAAACCCAACGACCUUCUUCAGCAGACUCUUCGAUAGGCCCCAAAUCUGCUACACCCUCCGCCACUCCUCGCCUCGAUGCACCCACACCUGCCACUGGCGCAACGCUUGCCGCGAGACCUGCCGCUCCGCAAAAGCCAGGCUCUGCAUACCCAGCAAUUCACACCUCCACCAUUGAUGUUGAUGCAAACCCCGUCCAUCCGACAACAGGCAAGCCUAUCAUGCUCAGUGACAUGGACAAUGACUUCCCCGCAGACGACAAGCCCUGGCGACGCCCCGGCACCGACAUUUCAGACUUCUUCAACUACGGCUUCGACGAGUUUACAUGGGUCAGCUACUGCUUGAAGCAGCAAAACACACGAAAGGACCUUGUUGAACAGAAAGCGGAAAUGGAAAGAAUGCAAAGCGUGCUGGGUAUGGGAAUGCCUCCGAUGCCCGGCGCUCCAGGACCCGGAGCACCAGGAAAUGUGCCACCAGCUAUGCCCCCGAUGCCUGGUAUGCCGGACAUGAACCCUGAUAUGAUGCAGGGCAUGUUCGCUAGCAUGAUGGCUCAAGGCAUGGACCCGACUUCCAUGGACCCGAUGGCGUUCAUGCAGCAUGCCCAGUCUAUGAUGGGAGGACAGCCAGGUGGUGGCCAGCAAGGACAGCCUGGAUUUGGAGGACAAGGGCCGGGCCAAGGAUUCCAAGGUGGUCAGGGUCAGAUGGGACAGGGCCAGAUGGGAUACGGAGGCGGCUACGAACAGCGCGGGAAUUAUGGAGGCCGGGGCCGCGGGAGGAGGUGGUAA